GCGCGUUAAAAAAAAAAAAAAAAAAGCAGCCCUUAGCCCCCUCCUCCCCUUUCCUGCUUCUGCGAGAACAUCCCCCCUCCCUCCUGCUCCGCCAGCCGAGGCGCCCCUUCCUUGGAAGCCGAGCGGCUUCGCUCGCAUUUCGCCGCCGUCGCCUCUCGCAAUAUUGCAAUAUAGGGGAAAAGCAGACCAUGGUGAAUCCGGGCAGCAGCUCCCAGCCGCCCCCGGUGACGGCCGGCUCCCUCUCCUGGAAGCGGUGCGCAGGCUGCGGGGGCAAGAUUGCGGACCGCUUUCUGCUCUAUGCCAUGGACAGCUACUGGCAUAGCCGGUGCCUCAAGUGCUCCUGCUGCCAGGCGCAGCUGGGCGACAUCGGCACGUCCUGUUACACCAAGAGCGGCAUGAUUCUUUGCAGAAAUGACUACAUUAGGUUAUUUGGGAAUAGCGGUGCUUGCAGCGCUUGUGGACAGUCUAUUCCUGCGAGUGAACUCGUCAUGAGGGCCCAAGGCAAUGUGUAUCAUCUGAAGUGUUUUACAUGCUCUACCUGCCGGAAUCGCCUGGUCCCGGGAGAUCGGUUUCACUACAUCAAUGGCAGUUUAUUUUGUGAACACGAUAGACCUACAGCUCUCAUCAAUGGCCAUUUGAAUUCACUUCAGAGCAAUCCACUACUGCCAGACCAGAAGGUCUGCUAAAAGGUCAGAGUAAUGCAGAAUGCGUGCCUUCAUCUCAGAUCUUGUUCAUCACAGGUGGAUCCCAUGUGUCUUCAGUAGACAAGUCACCUUUGUAGCUAGCACCAGUGCCAGCUCCAUGCCAUUGCACCUUCUUUAGUCUUGAUUGCUCUUCCCGCAUUUAUUGGUGUAUUAAAAUGACUGAAUAUGAACAUUAAGGACUCCAUGAACCUGGGCUAAUGGGAGACUGUAGAGAAAAUGAAAAAAGAUCCACCGGAGGACAUCUUUGGGGGGGAGGGAGCUUGGGAGGAGGGAAAUGACUAAUGAAGCUAAUUAAAAGAAGCAUUCAAAUCUGCUUUCUACCCUCAUUAACAAUUAGCAGGGCACUGGCCAGAGUUUGUACCCUGUGUUUUACCUUAACAACAUUCUAUUUGCUCUUUGUAUAUUUAAGUGUUGUAAGGAAAUGUGUUUCAAUCAAAACUGAACAUGAGAUAAAGGAAAGAGAUGUGGCUUUUGUGAUAUUCUAUCACAAACACUUUUAUUGUAUCUCUGUAAAAUACAUUGUAUGUAUGCAUGUAAGUGUUUUUGUCCUAAUGUUGCUACUCCCAUGGCAAAGACAAAAAAAAGAAUGAAAAAAAGAAAAAAAAAUUGGAAAAAAAAAAUCAAGCUCAUAGCAGCUACUGUGUAGAAAUUCCCCCCUACUUCUAAUUUGCUGAAUGAAGAAAAAAUCUUUUAUUUGUGAUAUUUUCAGAGACAUUUGCUCUAGUAUGGUGUAUUUAAAUAAUAAAAACUUAAAAGAAAAAUA